AGUUAGGAACUCAAGACAUGUCCGCAUUUUCUAGAUUAAUAGAAGGCUUUUUAUCCACAAGAAUCAAGAUCUUUCUUCUCUGAUCAGAGAUUCUUUGUGAAUUGAAGACUUUAGAUUCUUCUCUGUAGUCAAUGUGCAGUCAUAAUUGUAUAUACAAUGGGGUUGGUUCGUGAUCGAAGGGUUCAUCAUGGCUUGGAAAUGGAUGAAUUGUAUACUUACGACUUGAAAAUGGCAAACUAUGAUACUUCCACACAAUGGCAAAACCGAAGAUUUGCACGAAUCACAAGCAAAUCUGGAGAGAACUCAUCUCCAUUUCAUCUCUGCCGGUCUGUUGCUGUGGCAAUGGGAAUCCGUUUUAUAAUUAUGGUAUCAAUAUGGAGUGCCAUAUUCAUAAAUUCAUUAUUCAACCAAGGAAUUCCAGCAUCCUUAAAUGAGAAUUACUGUGGCCCAUGUCCUAAAGCCUGGAUAUGUUAUAGAAAUAACUGCUACCAGUUCUUUAGUGAGAACAAAAACUGGUCUGAAAGCCAAGCUUCUUGUAUGUCUCAAAAUUCCAGCCUUCUGAAGAUAUACAGCAGAGUGGACCAGGAUUUCCUUAAACUUGUGAAGUCAUAUCAUUGGAUGGGACUUACACAAAUUGCAACAAAUGGAUCCUGGCAAUGGGAAGAUGGCACAAUUCUCUCACCUAACCAACUAACAAUAAUCGAGAUGCAGAAAGGAACUUGUGCAGUUUAUGGCUCAAGCUUUAAAGCCUAUACUGAAGACUGUUCAUCUCCAAACACAUACAUCUGUAUGCGGAGCACUGUGCAAGGACCUAAUCAACCAUUUCAACAAAAGCCAGAAAAAUAGAAAAGAUUAUACCAGCAGAGACACUGCCGCCUGAAACUAAAGAAAACAGAAAAAAGCAGGACAAAAUGAACAAAAGACUAUCAGAUUUCUUAGAACCCACAGGACCAGACCAUAGAGCAAUUCAGUUGUGAACAUUGUCUAAGACAAGGGAAGAAGGACUCUGAAGGCAAUUCAGAGAUCUUCAAGGCUACUACUCCUACCAGGGCUUAGAUAGCAUAGGCUGAAGGAUGGGGAUAGUCUAAUACAAAGGGUGAGACCAAAACCCUUGGGAGCAGUGAGGGAAGGGAGGCUCAUUAGAGCCCUGGGGGCCCAACCUCCACCUCCACAGAAAACUACUGGAUGAGCAGAGAACCAGAGAGGGUGGGUAGUGCCUUGCCUAAAUGUGAGAGUGGUAUUGCAGCUCCAGUGGGUACAGGAGGUAGGAACUCCACCCCACUGGGUGAAGAGGUGAGAAUGCUGCCCCACUGUGUUUGGAGAGAAGAGUAUAAAACCAAAGAGAAUUGUUCUCGAGCCUUAGGAUAUUUUGGAGUUGGCCUUGCUAGGUCUUGGACUUGCUUGGAACCAUUCAGCCUUCCUUUUUCCCUAUUUCCUUCUCCCUUUGCACAUGGAUUGUGUAUCCUAUGCCCAUGUAGGUUUCUCAUGUACACAUUAGAAAGGAAUUAUGCUUCAGGACAAAUAGUAUCUUAAGUUUCUUCUACAUAUGGUUUGAUGAUAUUUACAUGAAAUUUUUGGACUUUUGACUUUAGAGUUGGUGCUGGAAGAAGUUAAGACUUUGGGAGUUGUCAAGAUGGAAUAAAUGUUUUCUAUGUGCAGGAAGGACAUAAAUUUUUCCAGGAAAAGAAUGUUACGGAUUGAAUGUUUAUGCUCCUUCAAAAUUCAUAUUUUAAGUACUAACUCUCAAUAUUAUGGUAUUAUAAGGGGGGCUUUGGGAAGUAACUUAGGUGUGAAGGUUGAUCACAAGAAUUCUGUCAUUUUUGUCAUACCCAAAGUUGAGUAGUAUAGGAGAACCAUGGGAGACUUCUCCCUUUGCCUUCUGAUGGUUCCCUGAAGAAUCAACUCACAAAAGGCUGAAUAACUGGGGAAAAGACACACAGAUUUAUUUAAUCCAAUUAAACAAGUCACAUAAUUUAUAGAUUGAUCUAUACAUUAUAUUUGGACUUCAACAAAGGUCAUGACUAUGUACUCCUCAUGAGUGAAAUUAGUGCCCUUAUAGAAGAGACCCCAUAAACCUCUCUAACCUUCUUUCUGUCACAUAAGGAUACACAGAGAAGUCAAGUCUGCAACCCAGAAGAGGGUCGUUUCCAGAACCCAACAACACUGGCAUUCUGCUCUUGGACAUUCUCAGCUUCCAGAACUGAGAAGAAUAAAUUUCUCUUGUUUAUAA